UGUCAGCUGGCCAUCUCGUGCCUUUGUGUGAGAGGGCGCCGACCUUCCACGGUGCUGCUCCUUGGAGUGCUGCGGAGCAGAGACUGAACUUGGGGUGACUGCACUCGAGUCCGGGUGUCUGUCCGAGGGAAGGCUUCCAGCAGCUCGGAUGUGCCCCUGAGCCUCGAGUGAGGGAGCAGGGAUGGCUGAGCUUCCUCCGAUUGUUGGGGUGGGGUGGGUCUUCGGGUGCCUCCCUCUCCGGGAAGGGCCCGCUGCCCAGCUAGGCUCUGUGGUGGGGGCAGGCCCGUCCCUGCCCUGCUGGGUGGUCUCCUCCCUAGGCUAUGGCACCUGGCCUUCUGGUGGGCUUUCCUGCCCGGCUGCUGGGCACCGAGGGGAACACCUGGUACAUGGACCAAAGUACAGCUGCUGGUGGUUCCUUCUGUGUCAUGUCUCACUGUGGAGCUGGAAGUAAGCCUGUCCUCAGCUUGGUGCGGGGAAGGAGCUGAAGCUUGGCACCAGCAGGGCCCAGGUGUGCAGGGAGCCGCUCAUGUGCCGGCCUCCUUUGCCUAUGCCUUGUCCUGGACAUGGUGACAUGGGAUGAUGGCUGGCCUGUGGUGGCUGUGGGCCGUGCUGUUGUUCUGCUCCUUUCCCUGGUACCUGCAGCACACUGCUGUCUGAGAGCACAGGGCUUGCUGUGGGAACCGUCCUUCCCUGUUGCCAACGCUUGCCAGAGGCAGGCUCUCUGACUUGUCAGGGUUUACUCACACACUUUAAUAGGGGGGGAAAAAAAAGGGAGGGGGGCAGCUGUUUGGUUUUUUUAAUCUGUUCUUAAACUGAGUUUGACUGAACCUCUGUUGCAUGCAGUCAACUAUCUCGUGGUAUGUAGCCCUUGCUGGGAUCCUGUGUGGGACCUUCCUGGAAGGGUGGGAGGAUGGAGGUGCUCAGUGCUGCAUGGCUUCGGGUUUGCCUGGGCCACAGCUAGGUCAGUACCUCUCAUCCAACAAGGUCACCCUGCAUCACUUCAUUCAGUAGUCCUCACGGUCCUCUUUCCCCUAGGGAUGGGCUGGGAGUUGGGGGAGAGGCCCAGCUCUGUCCUUGGGUUGCCUCUUACUACUAUUGCUCCGGAGAUGAGAUCUUGGUCCCUUGUAUCCCCACCAGGGGUGUGUUUAGGGUACCCAGAAGGUGAGAGCGUGGCUUGGACCACACCUGGAAGGCUGUUGGGGUCUCAGACUACUGUCUGCAACGUUAGAGGACAGUGCUAUUUGAGCAUUCCAGUUUCUCUCCCCAGCAGCCCUGCAGUGGUCUUGCUGCCUGCCUGUCCUUCCCAGGCUGCAGUGACAGCUUCAAGGGAUACACAGAGCUUCUUCCUCUCCCUACAGACACAGGUCUCUGCACUGUGCUGUUCUCACCGCCUUAGCUCUGCUGCUGACAAGGAGCAGAACCAUGGAAUUGAUUUUGGUCCAUAAAAAGCAACAGGUGUUGCCUGGCUGUGGUGACAAAAUCUAAACCUGUUGGGUGAUUCAGGCAGUCUCAGAGCUCUGUGUGUGACACAGGGCUUGGCUGGUGGAGGAAGUUGUCCUCUGGCACGGCGUGCAGGAAUGUGCCUCAGUGUGAGGCUGCUGGGAAGGGGCUGGAUCUGCAGGCUGCAGAACAAAGUACUGGAGUUCCCCUAGGUGACUGCAGCCUUCUGUUGGCUCUUGCCCUUGUGCAGGGGGCUGCUGGGGACGGGAAGGACGCAGCACUGUUUCUUCAGGCUUGGCCCGUUCCUGUCACGGGGACUCAUGGCAGUAGGCUGAUGAGUGUUGGGUCAUGAGUGUGUCUGGCUCCUGCGUGUCUCAUGUCUACUGCUGAGCUGCCUGCCUUCCAGUCAGGAGAGCUGCUGUGUCCCUCUGCCUUCCUUGUCCAGUAACUGGUACACAGGAAUGGACCGAUGGGGGGUGACUGCUGGGUUCAUGUUUCUGUGUCACCUGGGUGUGGUGAGGUCCUCCUGCACCAAAGUGUGCAGUCCAUCUCCCUUCCUUAUUUCCUUACAGAGGAAGCAGAGUUUUCCCAAUGUGUGGUACUGCUUCCUCAUUGUGGCCCAUAUCUGAGCAACCCGGCACGGAGGGGUGAGGUGGGUGGUGGGGUGCGGAGGGAAGUUGGUGACUAAGCACCACAAGAUGCCAGGUGUGGUGCUGGGAUGUACAGCCCUUACCGGACUGCCUGUCUUUUACCUCUGCUCUGUGUUCCUGUUAAGGUAGAGGCUGGUGGGUGGUGCAGUGCCUGAUGUGCUCCUGGUGCACGUGGGUGUUGGGGCUCAGGCAGGUGGUAAUGAGCUGGCAGCAGGUUCCAUGCUUCCUUUCUCUUCAGAGGGACCAGCCACCCUCCAGGGGUUGGUCACUGAGGGGCUGACACCUGGACAGUUUGUCCUCCUGCCCCUACCUUGUGUGCUGCAGCUCCAUGGUGACCUCAUGCCGCAGCACUCUGGCCUCUGUCCACUGCAGACAUGUUUGUGGCUGUGUGGGCUGGGGGUCUGAUCUGGGCUGAGCAUUUCUUUCCUCUGUAGAUGUGAUUCUAAACAGUUGGUUGCUCAGAUGCUUGUGCUGAUGAGAGCAGGAUUUCUUCUGCCUGCGUGGCCUAAACAGGUUGUGAAACCACAGCCCGGCCUGUUGGUGAGGCAGAAGGAGGGGGUGGCUCUGUGGCUGUGGGUGCUGGUGUGGUGUCAGUAGACGUGUGGGUGCCCAACUCAGCAACACAGACUGGAGGUUUCUAUCUAGAAGUGGCCAGUUCUGCCACGCAGCAAGGAGGGUAGAGGCUGGAGGGAGUUGGGCAAGCAGGAUGGGAAAGCAAGCCCUGGGACUGGCCCUCCUGCAGCCUGGCUGGGUGCUGCUGUGGGUCUGGGUACUCUUCUAGAAUGUAGGUGACCCCAGGAAAGGUCCCAGCCAGCACUGGAUGGGCUGGUGGCAGCAACAGCUUGCUGGGCUCCUGUGCAAGGGCAGGAGCUACUGUCAUGUCUCUGUUCUGGCCCUGAUGGCUCCUGUUCCUAUGGGCGUUGGCUCCAAUUACAGUGAACGCUGCUCAAAGUUCACUGCCUUCCUGCUACUCUGGCCUGGGCCUGGUGUGGGCAGCCUGGAAGGCAUGGAUCUCACCUGUGUCAGCUUCUGAGCAAGGGCUGGAGAACAGCUGGGGGAUGAGCUGCUCUCAUGCCACUUUUGCAAGUGCAGAAUUGCUGGUAGAGACCAAUUAUUAGGGGCGACGCAGGUGGGAUCACUCCCAGGAGCACGACAGUCUCAGAGGAGGUGAAUAUGGAGAACUGAUUCUACCCAGGCCAGGAGGAAGAAGGUGUCCGUCUGUUCUCACCUGAUGAAUGUUCCUCUCCCCACCUUUUACACAGUGCUCGGGCCUCAGAUUUGCUGUUUUAUCUGGUCUGCCUCUGCAGCAAUGCUCCCAGCACUGGCCCGGCAGGCCAGGGAAGUGGUGCUGGCUCUCGCCGGGCAGCGCGUGGGUAGCUGUGCCGGGCGGGAGGGAGCAUGGUGAACUGCAAAGACGAGUUUUUCCGACCUAGGAGGGUGGGUCACCAUGUUUGCGUGUUCCUGGCAGGCCCCUUGCCCAGUGGAGUAACGCAUUCUUCCAAGCAUGUUGCUGCAUGCACAGCUGUUUGCCGUGCCUGGCUCCGGGCGGGCUGAGUUGCUUCAAGGUGUGUGUGGGGAGUGGUGGGGGGGAGAUGGCCUUGUCUGAUGCUCGCAGAAGCUACUGGGGGAGCAGGGGACAGCCUGGAUGUGCUGUGGAGCCUCUACUGCAGCCCCAGCAAGCAGGUGUCUGCAGGGUUAUGGUGCUAUUGCCUCCUCAGCUCUGCAAAUACUGAGCCCAUCUUCAGAGCCUUCUGGGCACGGUUGUGUCCCCAUGGGAGACUGCUUGGGGCUGGGAUCUAGCACCUGCUGCCUUCUGCUUGUGAGAUGCUUGCUGCCUCAGGCAGGAGCACGCAACCACCACGCACGAUAGAUCCUCACAUGCAGUCCUUGGAGGUAGGAUGCGUCCCUUGGGGAGUGGGCCCAGCCGUGCUGUGCUGGCUGGUGGGGUGGCUGUGCCCAUGCCCUGUCCCAGGUGCCUGUGUGCUAUGCUGGGGCAGUGGGGAGCAGCCCUUGGCAGGACGUGGUGUUUAGAAGCAUACGGGAAAGGGAAGCCACGAUGUCAUUUCCCGUCUGACCAGGAAAUGCAGGUUUCCUUCCCCUUGGAUGCUGCAGGAGCCUGGGAAGCUGCCUCUCAGCAAGCGGGCCAAGGGGAUCUGCAGCCAAAUGUAGGGCUGGGGAGCAGCUUGAGCUGCGGGCUGGGGUAGGAUGCUUCCCCCAUGGUUUUCCUUCACCCGUUCAUUACUCCUUUUGGCAAGGUCCUCUAAAUUCACUCGGAGUGGAUUCAUACGUGCAAUUAGAGAGCGGGGGCAUCCGAUGAGGUCAUGCUGAAUGGAGAUGGGCUUUUGUUGGCUGCCUCCUCCUGCCCAGCCCUGGCUGAUGGGUGCUGUGACUCAGCCCACUGCCUGCCCAGGAGCUGAGGCCAUCCAGAGUGAGGGGAGGGCGUCCUGCUGCUGCCACAGGGCCAUCUUGGAGAUACCCUGUGUGCCGCUCCCACCCCAAGCAUGAGCUCACCGCCUGCUUGUUUGCUCUUUGUGGGGAGAGGUGUGUGACCAGCCUGGCUGCGGGUUAGUGUGUGGGAUGGGCAGAGAAGGAAAGGAAGCUGCCUUUGUGUCUGGGUGUCUGUUAUGGCGGACAGGGAGAGACCGUUCAUGGGGCUAGGUGGGGGAUUUCGUGCUCCUGCUCUUCUCCAUCUCCUUUGUUCCUUGUGACUUUGGAAUUCCUGGUAGGGCUGGCAGACUUCCCUGGCUGGCACUCUCUGGACAAGCCAGGUGCAGUGCCCUCCUGAUGUGCAGCGCUGUCAGGGCAAUUCCCUGUUAGUCCCAGCCCCCUGAGCCUUUGUGCCCUGGUCAGCCCUCUGACAUGAGUAAGCCAUGUGGGGGCUGCAGUUGUUGGAAGAGGAAAUGAUCUCAAGUGGCUUUGCUGGGAAGAGGGAAGCAUGGCUGUAGAGAGAGCUCUGCCUUAGGAAUGGAGUGAAAUCCCCCUGUCUGAUGGCUGGUCUGGUGCUGAGAUGUGCUGUUUGUGCCCUGGGCUUUGCUGACCGUGGGUGCCUGUGCCUGCGGCUGGAUGGAGGGAGGCUUCCUUUAGGGCUGCUGAGAGUGCGGGCCUCUGUGCUGCAGCCUCCUGCUUGGAGGCAGCCAGCAUUAGAUGUGAGCUCCCAGGUGGGUGCAGUGCCCUUGCCCGUCUGCUUGGGCUCAGUGGGGGCAGCUCUUGCCAUGUGAUUUAAUGAGAUUUAAUUGAAGGGACUUUGCACCCUCAGCUCUGUAGUACAGCUCUUAUCUCAGCAGUGCGGGGCUGGUGUUUGCUUUCCCUGUGGGAGAGAGGCGGCUGAAUGUGAAAGUUCAGCCUGUCGGUGGGUGGGGGGAGAGGUGGAGUGAAGGCCAGGGAUGUGGUGGUAGGGAGCAGGGUGGCUGGAGCUGGGGUGCAGAAUUAUGGGUUUUGGAGCAUUCUGCUUGCGUAGGGGCUUCCGUGUCCCUCAUCCUGGUGGCUGCUGUCCCUAGAGCAAGGCAUAGGGCCCAGGAGCUGCCGGGGAGCUGCCUUGGAGCUCCUCAGGGUGGGGAGCUGGGGACUACCCCUUCCCUGCGGGGCCCAGGAGCCUGCUGGCCGCCGGAGUGCAGCCUGCCCCAGGAAUGCUCUGGCCCCGUUCCCAGAAUCCGGCACUUGGUGUUUGUUUGUUGCUGUGCCCCUGAGGUCUGGUGCUACUGUGACAGGAAGCGGGAACGCCGGGGGGAGGGAGGCUGGCCGGCUGUGGAUGUGCCUGUGAAAUCCCUUUGUCCCUGCAGAGCGCUCAGCUGCAAAUUCCCACAGAGAGGAGAGAGCCGCCUUUGUGCUGCUAAAGGGCUCCCAACAUGUGAAACCCCCAGGCUGGGGGACUGGGGUGGGAGCUCAGCGCAGGAGCGGCAGGCCCCCGCCUCCCUGCUGUCCUUGGGCACGUGGGGGGCAUGCGGGAAGGGGACCCUUGGGGUGAUGUGCUGGGUGUUGCUGGCAGGAAGGGGGGGCCCUGGGCCCAGCUCUCUGAGCCUGCCUAGAGGUCUCACCCUGCCUGGGUUGGACAGUGGCUUUGGAGUGUGGCAGCCCCCACCCUGCGGAGCACCCCGGGACAGCUGCCCUGGGGCUGGAUUGCUGACAUACCAGCAGAACAAGCCUUGCUCUCUGCGGCCAGCCCUUUCUUUCUGUGGCCAGUCUCGUGCUGUUCCUUUCUCCUUCCCCGGGGGCAGCCCUGAUUGCCCUGUGUGGGCUGGGCCCAGCUCUUUGGUCCCUGGUGCAGCAGAAGGCACUGAGCAUCUGCCCUGUUCCUGGUGGGGCUUGUCUCCUGCCAGAAGGUUGCCCACCACAUUUCCCAACCUCUGUGUGUGUCCAGGCUGGUCCUUGGGACUUGAUCUCUAUCGUGCAUUCCUGCCCUUGUUGGGGGUGUGUGUGUGUGCCACGUCUGCUUCCUCACUCCAGCCUGGUGCGCAGGCCCCACCCUGCUCUUAUCUCUCCCCUCUUAUCAUCCUGCCUUGGCUGCUGGCCCUUUCCCUUAUACGGCCUGCUAUUGUGUCUGCCUGCAUCCCUCCAGGUAACUCCCUCUGCAAAGGAGGCUUUCCUAACAGAGACCACAGCCCUCGUGGCAGUAAGUGAGGCAGGCUGGGCCACUGUCCUGCUGCUGGUUGGACCAGUUGUGUGCUAUGAGCGCAGAGUAACUCUCUUCACUGUGGCCGCUCCUCGUGGUUCCUCCUGCCUCAACUCCUGCCAAGGCCUGGUGAUAUGGGCUGGGCCACCCGUGGGGCAGGGAGUGGUCCUGUCAGCACAAGUAGCUCCUGGGAUGUUGACUGUCCUUCCUGCAUGGGCAGCAGUCUGUCCAAAGUCCAUUCUGUGUCCUCUGCAACCUCCAGGCUUCUGGAUAAGGAUCUGCCUUGGACACAGCUCUCCUCCUCACAUGUGGGAGCUGUAGAUCAGCCAUACUGCUUCCCUGUGGCUGUUCUCAGGGUGGGCCAUGGGCUGCUCUGGCUUCGGAGGUGCAUCCAGAAGAUUGUUGUGUUCUCCUGAUCAUGAUCCCAUUCCAUGUGUUUGUGUUCAACUCACGGCUUCCCUACCUCAAACAGUGCUGACCUACUGCACCUUGAUUAGCAUUAGUGCUUGCCUCCCUGCGCAGUGUGAGGGCUGCUCAUUGCUCUCUGAGCCUGGACCCUCUGCUCAGGAGUGUGGAAAGAUGCCAGAGAUGUUGGUUCAUUUAUUUUUUAGCUAAUUGAGACUGACCGAGAGCCUGUGGUGAAUUAGUGGGGAUGUGAACCAGUGCAGAGCAUCAAGUGUAAUGCACUGAGAGCUCAGACAAUUGCAGGCUUCAAUUAUUGAUGGGGCUUCUGUUUUUACUAGGUGCAUCACGAUAGGUAGAUGGAACCUGGAGAAUUUGUUGCUUCCUCCCUGGGGAGGACAGGGUCCUGGUCCUGAGAGCUGUCCGUGUUCCUUGCUGAAGGGCGGGCAGCCAGCUGGCUCUGAGCCCCUCAAAUGGAUAGGGCAAGGCUAAUUACUGGGGCGAUGUUGCCAUUUUUCUUGUCUAGCAGUUGAGGCAGCGUGCCUGGCAGGCCUGCCUGGCCUCAGCCCUACUGUCUCUGCCACGUCUCCUCCAGCCCUGUGACCCAGCACAGGGUGAGGGGCUGUGUCUGUCCUGGUGGAGGAGGAGGCAGCUCUGCUUCUGCCUGCAGCUGCGGGCGGUGUCCUGUGGGGGGAACAAACCUUGUCCUGUGUGGAACAGGUGUGUGAGGGGCACCAACAGACAGGAAAGUUGCUGGGGGUGGGGAAUGGCAGCCCGAGCUGCUGUGAUACUGUCUCCCUCUGUGCCAUGACAAGGGCUGUAGGUGUGCCUCCUAGCAGGGAGCUGGGCAGGGCUGAUGUGGUGGCGGUGGCUUCUGUCUUCCUGGCUUGAACUUUGCCCAAAAAAAUCCUCAGUGCUGAGGGAGCGACCUUAACUGCAGCCGUCUUGGGAGUGGGGCCGGAACGGGUCCUUGUGAAAACCCAGCAGAGGGCCUGUAUGCUUGAGUUGCUUUAUGCACUGCAGCAGUUGGUGCUUGUCAAGCCUGCUGUGUCUUAUCUGUAGGAUCUUGUCUAUGCUCUGCCUGUGGUGUCCUGUUCCCUGUCUGCCAGCUUAGGGUCAGUCUCCCUGGCCAACAGGAACCUUUCCUGGUGGGGAGCCUUCAAGGCUUGAACUCCAUCCUCCAGCAGAGUAGGGUGUGGGUGAACUCCAGGUGGGUAUGGCUGUGAUUGGUCCCUGAAAGUUAUUUUUCCAGGUGAAGUAUUUGGUUUUGGGGCAGGCAACUAUCCCAAGAGUCGGGAACAGAAGGGUCUAGGAAAAAGGUCCAGAACUCUUCCACUGGGCUCUUCAGCACAGCACAUCUCUGUUGUAGACUAGCUUCAGCGGCUCAGAGAGCAGUACAGAGCUGUCCUGGCACUGGAAAGUGGGGAAAAUGAGACCAGAAGGACUGGGGUGUCAAGCAUUCUGGGUGCAUGCAUUGGUCCCUGGGGGGUGUGGGAUGAGCACUGCGGUGUUCCUCGUGCCCUGGGGUAGGAGCUGCUUGGGGAUGUGCUUUCUCUUCAGGCUUUUUGGUUUUGCCCUGAACCAAGCCAGCUGAAAUAUUUUUGGCUUGCUGGGUUUUUUAAGUAAUGGGUGUGUCAGAGAGUGCCUCUCAUGAUGAAAAGGCUUUCAUGAAGCCGUCCUCAAAGAUGGUCAUGGUCUGGCUUCGGAAAAAUGCUCUGUGUAGUUGUAUCUUUAGAGGCGGGGGACGAGGAGGGGGGAAUGGGUGCAAAGCAAUCCCUGGAAUUUCGUCCUUUGCUUUGUGGGAUGCAGCUCACUCAGCUUGGAGCUGUCACAUGCAGCUUGCUCCCUCCUCUUCCCUCCUGCUUUGUGUCUCAGUCUGGAGAUGGCUCUUGCCCUGAGUUGCCAUGGACAGGCAGCAGAAGGCUGUGCCCAGGGAUCUGCUCCCCAGGACUGUGGUAUGUGAGCCAGCAGGGAGUUGGCAGAAGGCAGAGAUUUGGGGCAGACCCUCAGCAGCUGGGAAGGCAUGUGGCUGGGAUGCUGCUUGGGGUGUGUGUGCCAGCUGGUACUGGGGAAGGGCUGUGCUCUAUCUUCUGCUGGGGUGGAUGUUUGUGAGUGCAAGGGAGCAACGAGAGUGGGUGAGGACCGGUCCUGUUCCUUCCCCCGCUGCUGUAUGUUUACUCCCUGUGGAAGGGGCAGGAAGGAAACAGCCUCAUGGCUGCUCCAGCCCCUUAUCUGGAUCCCUUAAUGGCACUGCGAGUUCCAUUGUUAGCAUCCACAUUCUCUGGGCUGUGUUCCCAGGGGACGUGUGGAGGUGGGGACCAGUGGGGACAUGGGCCAGAGCAGCAUUGCUGGCUGUGUGGGGCCAGCCUGGUGGCUGUGUGGAGCUGGGAGGAUCUACUGGGGUGGCUGUCCCACCGCGUACCUUCCAGCAGCAGCAGCAAACUCCCGCAGUGCUGCUGCGUGUGGAGGGUUGUGUUGUGCAGGAGCUCUUUUCUGUCAGGGGCUGUUUCUUCCUUUUAAAGGGCUUGGUGAAAUGCUGUGCUGGAAGUGAGUGCUCCUCCAAUCGGAACCUGCCAGCAAUGGUUCUGGCUGGGAUCUUGGGUGCUCUGUUGGCAUAGGGUGUCUGUGGGUGGUAGGACCAUCCCAUGCUUCUGGGGAAGCCUGGGCACCUGCUGGCUGCGUUGCAUGGGACUGCAAGCACUGCCCUCCUGCAGCCUCACAGCAGUACAGGCUAUGGGGCUGGGCACUGCGACCUUGCCUUGUGUCUGUGGGGGCUGUCACCAAGCUCUAGGGUGGCCCUGGAGGCUGAGGAGCUGAGUCCCCCCCCCUCGAAUCAGAGGGAUGCCCACCAUGGGUGGGGGGUGUUUAAUUUGAGGGUGAAAGCUGAGUUCUUAUGGGGCUGGGACAGGGAAGCAUGGUGACCUGGAGUCUCAUCUCUGCUGGGCACUGCACAGGCACACGUAGAACUGGAUUUUUUUAAUUGGUGAAGACAGACUACAGAGUGGUGGCAACCAGAUGUUGGGGUGUGCUGCAGGCAGCCUCUGAAGCACAUGGAAAAAAUCCACCCUGCUUUGCUGAUUUGGUCACAGUGAUGUCUGAUGGUGCUGGGGCAGAUGGACUCCUUGGGAGUCUGUGGGAAGCUCUGGGGCAGGCAGAGCCACAGGAGAUUAUUUGGACUCAUUGGCAGCGAGGGAGGCAUUUUAGGAAGUGUUUAAUCUGAAUACUCUUGAGUUAAUGUGGAAAAUAAGUAAGAAUUAAAAAUGAUGUUAAAAAAAAAAACAAACAAAAACCCACUCUGCUCUGAGUGCCUCUGACCCAGCACUGGCUUCAGGCUGAAACUGGAGGGACAGGGCUGCUGGGGGUGAGGGGCUGGAGGAGAUGGGUACUGUGUAAGGGUGGCAGUGCCUGUGUUCCUGGCCCUGGGUUGGCACUGGAAGAGUGGGCAAAGCUGGUGCUGUGCUGGAGACCGUGGGAAAGCAGUUCCUGCGUUGGCUGCCUGGCUCGAGCGAGUCCCCACACGCCUGCCGUGACUACGCGGGUUUGGGAAAACCUCCUGUGGGCUUGCCGGGGCUUGGCUGAGGAGGUGGAGGGCCAGGCCGGUGGUGUUCCUCAUCAGCAGGAGCAGUUGGAGGGGCUGCAGUAUCUGAGGGAGCUGUUGCAGAGACAGUGCUGAGCCUGCAGCUGUCCCAGCCCCGUUCUUCAGAAGGAGAGGAGACCCUUCCUCAGCCUGUGUCCCCUUCCCUGCCUUCUGAUUCAAGUUUGCUGGUGAUUUGACCCCAUUCUCCUGCUGUCCCUGCAGCUCUCUUCUUCCUGCUUCCUCCCUGUGGUGGCUGGGCUAUUUCUCCCAUGACUCUCUACGUCUAGACCUGGCUGUCCCGCGCCUUUGCCAAUCACACCCGAGCUUCCUCCUCUGACAGUGAAGAGUGGGGCUCCUCCCCUUCUGGGUCACUUUUCCUCCUCUCACUUUGACACCAAGCCAGCUCUGCUUGUGCCUCCCUGUGCCCUUCGCCCCUUCCCCGCCCGUCCUGGGUAACCGUCACCCAUGGAUGACUCGGAAGUGGAGUCAACCGCCAGCAUCCUUGCCUCUGUCAAGGAGCAGGAGGCGCAGUUUGAGAAGCUGACACGGGCGCUGGAGGAGGAGCGGCGCCAUGUCUCAGCCCAGCUGGAACGAGUGCGGGUCUCCCCACAGGACGCCGGCCCGGGCUUGGCCAACGGCACACUCUCCCGGCGGCACCAGAACGGCCGUUUCUUGGGUGAUGCUGACCUGGAAAGACAGAAGUUCCCAGAUCUGAAACUCAACGGACCACAGGACCACAGCCACCUCUUGUACAGCACAAUCCCCAGAAUGCAGGAUCCAGGCCAGAUCGUGGAGGAGACGUACACCAUGGAGGAGGACCCAGAAGGGGCCAUGUCUGUUGUGUCUGUGGAGACAUCGGAUGAUGGGACAACCCGGCGCACAGAGACCACGGUGAAGAAAGUGGUGAAGACUGUGACCACCCGGACAGUGCAGCAGGUCCCCAUGGGGCCUGAUGGGUUACCCUUGGAAACCUCUCCUGUCACCAGCAACUACGUCCAGACAAUGGACAGGAACUUCCGCAAGAAUGGCAACGGUGGCCCUGGCAGCUACCUGAGCCAGCCAGGCACAGCCACGCUUCCUCGCAACUACCAUUACCCCGAUGGCUAUGGCCGCCCCUAUGAUGACAGCUACCCGGGCAGCGAUCACAGCUACGGCAGCCUGUCCCGUGUCACUCGCAUUGACGAGCGUUAUCGCCCAUCUAUGGACGCUUACCGGGCCCCCAGCCGCCAGGACAUCUAUGGCCCCCAGCCUCAAGUGCGAGUCGGGGGCAGUAACAUGGACCUCAACCAUUUCCACCCUGAGUCAUAUGGCCUAGAAGACGACCAACGCAGUGUGGGCUUCGAUGAUGUGGACUACGGGCUUAUGUCUGACUAUGGCACAGCCAGGAGAGCAGGGACGCCAUCCGAUGCUCGACGUCGGCUCAGGAGUUACGAAGACAUGCUGGUGGAUGAAGUGGCUCCUGACCGGUACUACUGGGCCCCCCUGGCUCAGCAUGAGCGGGGCAGCUUGGCCAGCCUGGACAGCCUGCGGAAAGGAGCGCCGGCCCCGGGCAACUGGCGUCAGCCAGAGCUGCCAGAGGUGAUAGCGAUGCUGAGCUUCCGCCUGGAUGCUGUCAAGUCCAAUGCAGCUGCUUACCUGCAGCACCUGUGUUACCGUAACGACAAGGUGAAGACGGAGGUGCGCAAGCUGAAAGGCAUUCCGGUGCUGGUGGGAUUGUUGGACCACCCCAAGAAAGAGGUGCAUUAUGGUGCCUGCGGUGCCCUUAAGAACAUCUCCUUCGGCAAGGACCAAGACAACAAGAUUGCCAUCAAGAACUGCGAUGGGGUGCCUGCUCUGGUGCGCCUGUUACGAAAGACCCACGAUAUGGACCUCACGGAGGUCAUCACAGGAACACUGUGGAACCUGUCUUCGCAUGACUCCAUCAAGAUGGCCAUUGUGGAUCAUGCACUGCAUGCCCUGACUGAUGAGGUUGUCAUCCCCCGCUCAGGCUGGGAGCGAGAACCCAAUGAGGACUCAAAACCCCGUCAUAUUGAGUGGGAAUCAGUACUUACCAACACUGCUGGAUGCCUUAGGAACGUGAGCUCAGAGCGGAGUGAAGCCCGUCGGAAGCUGCGAGAAUGUGAUGGGCUGGUGGAUGCCCUGAUAUACAUCAUCCAGUCUGAGAUUGGCCAGAAGGACUCAGAUAGCAAGCUGGUGGAGAAUUGUGUGUGCCUGCUGAGAAACUUGUCUUACCAAGUCCAUCGUGAGAUCCCCCAUGCUGAGCGAUACCAAGAGACUCCUCUGGUCCCCACCAACAAUGCUGGGCCCCACGCUGCAAGCUGCUUCGGUGCCAAGAAGGGCAAAGACGAAUGGUUCUCCAGAGGUAAAAAGCUCCCUGAGGAUCCUGGUGCAGAUACAGUGGAUUUUCCCAAAAGAACAAGUCCAGCCAAAGGCUACGAGCUCCUCUUCCAGCCAGAAGUGGUCCGGAUAUACAUCUCUCUGUUAAAGGAAAGCAAGACUCCAGCCAUCCUAGAGGCUUCAGCAGGAGCAAUUCAGAAUCUGUGUGCUGGCAGUUGGACGUAUGGCCGGUGCAUCCGCUCAGCACUCCGCCAGGAGAAGGGACUCUCUGCCAUCGCUGACCUCCUGACCCAUGACAGUGAGCGUGUGGUGAAAGCAGCAUCCGGAGCCCUCCGCAACCUGGCUGUUGACUUACGUAACAAAGAGCUGAUAGGUAAACAUGCCAUCCCCAACCUAGUGAAGAACCUGCCUGGAGGCCAGCAGACUCCAGCCAAAAACCUCUCUGAGGAUACAGUGGUGUCCAUCCUCAACACCAUCAAUGAAGUCAUUGUAGACAACCUUGAGGCUGCCAAGAAGUUGCGGGAAACGCAAGGGAUUGAGAAGUUGGUGCUGAUCAACAAAACUGGGAACCGCUCAGAGAGAGAAGUCCGAGCAGCUGCCCUCGUCUUGCAGACAGUCUGGGGAUAUAAAGAGCUGCGGAAGCCCCUGGAGAAGGAAGGCUGGAAGAAGUCAGAUUUCCAGGUGAACCUGAGCAAUUCCUCUCGGACCCAAGGGGGAAACUCAUUUGAUGACAGCACCUUGCCUCUCAUCGACAGGAACCAAAAGACAGACAAGAAAUCCUCCCGGGAGGAGAUCCAGAUGAGCAACAUGGGACCAGACAACUAUUCCACACUUAAUGAGAUGGACCACAGCAGGACACUGGACCGAUCUGGUGAUCUUGGAGACACAGAGCCAGUGAAGGCAGCACCAUUGAUGGAGGAGGAGGGGCAGGAAUCCCAGCCUGAGGCAGAGGAAGAUUCUGCUGUGUUUUCCCCUGUGUCGAAGAUCUAGCUGCUAUCCCUGCCUCCGCUCAAUUUGGUUGAUAAUAUAUUUUAUAUAUAUAAAUAUAUAUAACUCUUCGUGGUGGAAUGGACCGAAUUUUUUUUCAACUGUUUUUUUGCUGGACUGUUUGUGCCAACUAGCCAGCCAAACGACUGGGCCUAGUCCCACGGGAGGCAGCCCAGGCCACUCUGCCUCCUCUCGGUAGCUGCACCUCCCCAUUCUGGGACAACUAUCAAUAACUCUUCCUCCUUAUCCUCCACCACCUCCUUCCUUCAGAGAGGAGGCCCUCCUGCCUGACUGCCUGCGCCAACCGGCAAGGAUGCUGCAAAACAAUUCCAGACCUCUGCCUUGACCAGGAUCUGCCUUCUCUGCCUCUCCUUCUUUCUGCUUGGAGUCUGCUGUGGGGACAGGGACCAAGACCUUACUCGCCACCUCCCUUUGUUGCCUAUAGGAUAUUUUUUUUUUGUGUGGGAUCACUCUUCACCUGAGGCUGCAGGGACAAGAGCAUCCCUCCCUGGUGGCAGCAGGACUAGGAUGCGAAGGCGGCUAGAGUCACAGGGGUGUUGGUGGAAAGGAGAAGCAGCAAUAACUCUUCUUGCUUUGCUCUAGAUGAGGCUUUGGGGGUGUGGGAAGAGGGAUCUAUCUAGCUCUGACAGUUUGGUCUGGCUCUGGAUCCUGCUGGAGGGAACAGGGGCUCUGGAUGGGGCCCUUGAAAGAGGAGGGAUCCUUAUGUAGGGUGAGGGUCUGUGUGGUGUAUGUGGGACAGGCCUCAGUUCCCUGGGGGUGAUCGUUCCCUGGGGGUGAUCGUUCCCUGGGGGUGAUCGUUCCCUGGGGGUGAUCGUUCCCUGGGGGUGAUC